CUUAUUUUUUCAGGAGCAAUUGAUAGUGACACAAUCAACCCUUGUUAUGGUGCAAUAGAUAAGGUUGCAGCAGCCAGUCUUCGUCCGUCUACAUGACGUGAUCGCAAAUGUGAAUUUCAAGUACUACGUCGGAGUGAUGCUUCGGCCGUCGAACCGGUCGGCCAUAUAAAUUGCUUUAACCUUGCCGAAGGAAGAAAAUGGCAAUACCGAUCUAUCUGAGCACAGCUACGAGUAAAAGACCGCCGGCGACAUCAGGCAGGUCAAUUCAAGCGUAGUCUGACCAUUAAUCCUUUCUGUCUUACUGCCUUUUCUCCCCAUUCUGCGUAUGCUCAAUACGUAACUGUGAACUGGCGAAUCAUAUAGAGCUAUGGCAGACGGCUUACGGGAAAGAGUCGAAGGCUCGGACUCCGAUCCGGGUCCGGAAACAAAAGAAAUUACGAUCCAGGACACAGCUGACUCCGGCCGCACGACAAAAAAUAUAUCAGAAGGGGAUGAAUACGGCUCUACCGACGACCAUGUAUUUUCUGACCCGUCCGUAGCCGAAUAUUGGAGUGCCAAGUACGAGAAGGCUCGCUACGAGAACCGGCACCGCUUCGAUCCGACGUACAAGUGGACGGCGGAGGAGGAACGCCGGCUGGUGAGGAAGAUCGAUGCUAGGAUCAUGGUCUGGGCUUGGCUAAUGUUCUGUGCGCUCGAUAUGCACAGGAGGAACAUAAACAGAGCUAUUUCGGACAACAUGCUGGCUGAGAUUGGUAUGAACACGAACGACUACAAUUAUGGACAGACUAUCUUCCUUGCUUGUUUCCUUGCUGCAGAACUUCCUAGCGGGCUGAUUAGCAAGAAACUCGGUGCUGAUGUCUGGAUCCCUACGAUUAUGGUGGGCUGGUCUAUCGUUGCGCUGUCGCAGGCAUUCCUCAAGAACAAAGCUGCCUUCUACGCAAUCAAAGCCCUCUUAGGAUUGUUGAUGGGUGGGUUUAUUCCCGAUAUAGUCCUUUGGCUCACAUAUUUCUAUAAAAGCAGGGAGCUUCCUCUCCGCUUAGCUUGGUUUUGGACUGCUCUUAGCACGGUAAAUAUUGUCGGUUCACUGCUAGCCGCCGGAAUUCUUCAGAUGCGUGGUAUUAACGGAUGGAGCGGCUGGAGGUGGCUAUUUCUCAUCGAGGGGUUGAUAACGCUGGUCAUAGGAAUAUUUUCGUGGGGUCUAAUGCCGCCAGGACCUACCCAGACGCGGCAUUGGGUUCGAGGUAAGGACGGGUGGUUCACUGACCACGAAGAGCACAUACUAGUCAACCGGCUCCUCCGUGACGAUCCGAGCAAGGGGGAUAUGAACAACAGGCAAGCUGUCGGGCCUAGUCUACUCUUUAAAGCCGUCAAGGACUGGGAGAUGUGGCCGCUGUACAUCAUCGGCCUUACGACGUACAUCCCCCCUGCCCCGCCAACAAACUACUUGUCGUACAUUCUACGUCAGCUCGGGUUCUCGGUAUUCCAAGCCAACCUCCUCGCAAUCCCGUCGCAGUUCCUCUUCGCGGUUAACCUACUUAUCGUCACGUGGAUCUCGCGACGCGUUAACGAGCGGUCGAUCAUCUCGUCCAGCUCUAACAUCUGGAUAUUCCCAUGGAUACUAGCGCUAGUCCUCCUACCGGCGAGCGCCUCUCCGUGGGUACGAUAUGCCCUGUUGACGGGGCUCCUCAGCUAUCCGUACUGCCACGCGAUCCUCGUGAGCUGGAACGCGAAGAACAGCAACACGGUGCGGACGCGCGCGGUCUCGGCGGCGCUGUACAACAUGUUCGUGCAGAGCGGCAACAUCAUCGCGAGCAACAUCUACCGCGACGACGACCAGCCCUUGUACCGGCGCGGCAACCGGAUCCUACUGGGCAUCACGGUCUUCAACAUCGUGCUGUUCUACGUCGUGAAGGUGUUUUACGUCUGGCGGAACAAGGUGCGGGAUAGGAAGUGGAAUUCGAUGACGCAGGAGGAGCAGGAAAAUUACAUCCUGACAACCAAGGACGAGGGCAUGCAGAGGCUAGACUUUCGGUUCGUUCACUAGGUAGAACCGUCUGGACAACUUGGGUAUGCACCUAUAUAUGUAAAAUGAGGUACAUAUGGGAGGUACCUAAUACAUGUAAGGUCGAUAGUGAUUAUGGUGAUAAUACACGAUGCUACCUGAGGAAUAAAUUGUAUAUUAUGAUCAUGCCUUGUG